AUGUUGAAACGAGUCUCAUUAGGUCAACCUGGCUAUAAUAAUCAAGACACUCGGGGUGGCAUUGAUCCAAGAAAGGUGAGGAUUACUGUGGUUUUGUUUUUAUUAUUAAUUUAUUCAAAAUUCGCUUUGCUUUUUAAUGAAACGUGAAACAAAAGAAUUGGUUUUGAAUCAUUUGAAAAAUGGUUUUUUUAGGGAUAUAAAACAAAGGAAUAUAAAAUAAAGCGUUUUUUCAGGAAGAUUUGAGCACACACCAUGGAAGGGAUUUGGUGCAUAUUAAUGCUUCGGGAACUCGCUAUACAACAAUUUUGGACACAUUGGUUCAAACACAAUCUUCUUAUUUUUCGAAUUUCAUCAGAGUUGAUAGAACAAGUGGACAAGUUCAAAUUCUUCAAAAAAGAGUCAUGGUAAGGAAAUUAUUAGAUGUGCUGGAUUUAAAACACAAUUCUUUAAUUGACCAGAAAAUAUAUAGAAUUGAGAAUUCGAAGAUAAAAAAUUGUAGAAGAAAAAAACCAGGAACAUUUAACAAAAAAGGAAAACGGAGUAAUUUGAUUCUUAAAAUAGAUAGAAAAAACUUAAUGAUCUUUUGUUUUAUACCAAAACACAAAACAAAAUUUCAGAUUGAUGAAACUGGUGCAAUUUUCAUCAAUCGAGAUGGUCAUUUAUUUUCUCAUGUUCUUCAAUAUAUGAGAGAUGGAAGAAAUACAAUUUUGCCAAAUGACGAAAAUUUGUUGCGCAGACUGGAGGUAUAAAACGGGAGGGGAGAUGAAAACGAAAAUGAAGCGGAAAAAACAAAAAUAAGAUGAGCAAUUAAUUUUUUAUUUCAGAGAGAAGCAGAUUUCUUUGGCAUGGAUGGAUUGAAAGGAUUGGUUGUUGGAAUGCUAAUUACAAUUGGAAAACAAAAAGAGAAUGAUAGUUUGGCUGCAAUUCGAAACGCUGUUAGUCAAAUUGCUAAUAAUAUUUACUACUCUAAUGGUGUUAGAAAAUAA